AUGGGAGCGGAACCAAUAUUCCAAGAACCUGAUGUUCUCCUGCCUGUCCACGAGGCCGAGAUACGACGAGAAUUUGCCAUCAAGAUCGAGUCAGAAAUCCGCGCCCAUCCGAAAACCGCAAACUUCAAACUCAACGCCGCACAAGUCGCCAUUAUCCUGUUCGUUCCCUUGUCCACCCUUCGCCCCGGCGGCUACCUAUCGUCUGGAGUCCUAUCGGGAAAGCUGCAUGAACGACUAGUGGGCCUGCCAUCACUUGUCAAGCAUUGUGAACCAGAACAUCCUGAGGAGCGCAAGUGCACGGAGCGAGACGGAAAUGUCUGCGUUCUAAUGGGCACAAGCAAGCCUUGGGUCGGCCAUAUCGUCCCUUACGCAUGGAACGACACCCAGGCCAACACCCAGAAGACAGAAAAAGUCUUUCAGCAUAUCCAAGCCUUCUUCGGCAAACAUUCGCUCCUUAGAUAUCGGCUAUAUCUUCUAAACCCACGGCAACUAGGAGGCUCCGACAAGGUGUGGAAUAUGCUUUGUCUCGGUCUCUCGAGUUCCUGCUUUUGGAGAAGCGCCAAGCUCGCAUUCAAGUGUUUGCGCAUCAAGUCGACUACCCAAGACGAGUCUGUUGUCAUUCUACAACUCCAUUGGAUGCCAUGGCGAUAUAUGGAACCGGCAAAGGAGAUGUCGCUACAAGGAGAAGACAACGACUUUGACAAGAUGGUUGAGUGUGCCAAGUCACUUCAUAGUGACGAGGACUCUAACUUGAUUUAUGAAUUGCCCGAGCUCUCGAUCCCAUCUGGACACUUGAUCCAUGUCAGGAUGCCCAACUCCGAAGCGGUCCAUUUCAAGGCUAUGAUCGACCUCCAAUGGGCCAUGAUCGUUGUGGCUGCCUUUUCUGGUGCUAAUGCGCCUUUACUCAGACCUGACUAUGAAUAG